UCGGGUCGAGGUACUGGUACCAAAAGACGAGGUCGACCACCCAAGUCGGUGGUGAUGGAGCGUCCGAAAAAAUUCCAAAUGCAAAAUUGUAAAAAACCUAAAUAUCUACAAAAUAAGGGUACGGAUACUCCAAGCUCUCAGCCAAGCACGCCGAUACCAUCACGUGCUAAUUCACCGUUGGGCAGUGAGUCGAGCAAACGUAGUACGAGAAGCAGAAAACCACGAGGUGGAAAAGCCAGAAAAGGUGGACACGCUGGUCCAUAUUCAAGACGCGGUUACAACACUAAUGUUGAUUACCACGAUUCGGAGUAUCAUUACGGCUCGGAUUUCGGAGACGAAUCCAGUGAAAAGAGUGAAGUCGAAGACGAGAUACUGGCAAGCGAUGUUGAAUCCUCGGGAUCAAUCGAGGAACCAGAUCCGUCCAGCGACAGUGAUUUUUCAUUGUCUGGUUUCAGCAAUAACAGCGGUACUCCAAGAAAGUCUUUGCUCAGCCAACAAAGACCACCUAGUCCUGAGCCACUGUGGUUACAAAAUCGUGAAUUGCCACAACUGGAACUUCCCAAGUCAUCAGAAGAUUUAUUACUGGCUAAUGAAUAUAUAAUGCCUUGUUUGUCUAUCUACGAAGUCUUGAGACAUUUUCGUACGCUAGUACGCUUAUCAAUGUUUAGGUUUGAAGAUUUUUGCUCGGCAAUUAAUUGUGAAGACCAAACUAAUCUUUUAGCGGAGAUUCAUAUCCAGUUGAUAAAGGCGCUGUUAAGAGAAGAAGACUCACAGCAGACACAUUUUGGUCCUUUGGAUCAAAAAGACUCAGUAAAUGUAACUCUGUACUUUGUAGAUCCAAUGACUUGGCCAGAAGUAUUGAGAUCUUACGUAGAAAGUGAUAAAAAUUUUGACCAGACUGUUUUACAAAUUUUACAGACCACUGAAUAUCCAUUUUCAUCGAUUGACAAUCGUAUUAAAGUAUUGCAAUUUCUUACAGAUCAAUUUUUAAUAACAAAUCCAGUACGGGAGGAUUUAAUUCACGAGGGUACAAUGCAUUACGAUGACCAUUGUCGUGUUUGUCAUCGCCUUGGAGAUUUACUGUGUUGCGAAACUUGUCCGGCUGUAUUUCAUUUGGAGUGUGUUGAACCACCACUGGUUGAUGUACCCACGGAAGACUGGCAAUGCAACAUGUGCAAGGCACAUAAAGUUACUGGUGUUGUUGACUGCAUCCCAGACGUCGAGAAAAACGGGCUGCUGUGUCGUCAAGAGCACCUGGGUUUUGAUAGACAUGGUCGCAAAUACUGGUUUUUAGCUCGGCGUAUUUUUGUUGAAAGCGAAGACGGUAAAGUUUAUUAUUACAGUUCUCCAUUGCAGUUUGAAGAGCUGAUUAAUUCUCUUGAUAAAACGGAAAUGGAAGUUGCAUUAUACCGUGAAUUGUCAGAUUAUAAGGAUGAAAUAAUUAAACAAAUGGAAUUAACUGAGACAAUUACUAAUCAAUAUAAAGGGAAUAAAAAGUCGUACUUGGAGAUGGAAAAUGCAGCUAUUUUGAGGAAACGAAAGGAGUUGAAGGAAAAAGAAGAAGAGGAAAAAAGAGCUAAAGAACGUGAAGAGUCUGGUGAAGUUGAUAAAAAAAAUGACGAAACUGAGACAACUGAUGCUGGUAAAAAUGAACGAAAAGACGAAAUUGAAGAUGUUAAUAGUAAUGAGAAAGCCAAGUCUAAUUCACCGUCAGAAAUGGGCGACGAUGAAGAGCCCGAUGAAAAAAUUGGUAAGGAUGGUAAAAAACAUACUAUUGUUACAAGAUCUAAAACUGGUUCACUUACUCCGCGUACUUUUAAUAUGGAUGAUUUAAAAAGACGCACGGGUAAUGAAUUGGAAAAGAGUUUUAAGGAUGACAAUGCUGACAGUGGUCGUUUAACCCGACAAAAAGCUCAUCAAAUAGCCACUGGUACUCAUUUGUUUAAACUUGGUAUGGAUUGUAAUUAUAAAUCUUAUGUCAAUCAAUUUACUACGAAUCCAAUUGCAUUGAAUAAGCCACAGAGGAACGAAGAGCGUGAUAAAAAACGUCAUUUGUCGCAUAAAUUUUCACUUACUCCAGCGUCGGAAUUCAAAUGGGUAGGAAGUUUAACGGGUACACGUGCGUUGCUGGUAAGUACCAUAAGACAAACAAUUCUUCAGCUGGAGAGUGCCAUUCAAGCGCCGUUUAUGCACACCAACUGGCCGUUGCUGAAAAAACCAUGGACUACAGCUGUGGGCUCCUGCUGCAAUCCCCGAGAUUUUGCUCGUGCUCUUAUUGUACUUCAGGCGUGUAUUAAAUCCGUUGUAUUCGCAAGUGUUUGGCAUGAUCAAUUGGGUCACGUUAAACUGCAACGAGUUACCGCUUUGGAAAGAGAGGAGAAGAAACGACAGGACAAAAAGGAGAAAAAAGAAAAAGAAGACGAAGAAGAACGUAAUAGAUUGACGUUUAACUUUGUUAAGUAUUCAUUGGGACUUAAACACCAAGUUUGGAAGCAAAAAGGCGAAGAGUAUCGUGUUCAUGGACAAUGGGGGUGGCUAUGGAUAUCCGCAAGUCGUCGUUACAAAUGCGGUGAUGCUUCUAAGUGUGGAUUAAAAGGUGGACCGCAAAAAAUAAUGGUUCAAAUUCGUGAUGUUAGUGGGCUUAAGAUUUUAGCUCUUGAUCCACCUACUUAUGAUUAUUUGAUGCAAGUUCACGGUUUAUCGCCCAAGGAAGUCAAACAGGAAGAUGUUAAGCCGGACAUUAAGGAAGAAGUUGAGUCAGAGGCUGAUAAAAAACCCACUGAUGAUGUUAAGAAAGAAGAUAUCAAGACUGAAGUCAAGGAUGAAAAGGAUGUUAAGACAGAAGAUAAAAAAUUAAAGGUACCGUUUUUGGAGAAUAUGAAAAUAGAAAAAGUAUUUUCUGUUAUUGAUAAAUUUGAGGAGAUAGAUGUGAUGAAAGCUUUGACAACACCAGGAAGAUUACAUUAUCCAAAAGUGGCUAAAAAAACCCGGAUUGAUGAAUUUUUAUCACGUCGUGCUCAUUUAAAAGUACUGGAAGAGCGGCGUCUUUCGCAAACAGAAAAACAUGACGCUAGUUCUGUUAAAAAUGAAGAUGAAGGCGGUAAUGAUGAUAAUGAAGAGUCUAAUAACACGUCGCUUCAAAGUAUCUUGGCUGGUAAAAUGCCUAAUAAAUCUCUUGCACCGCCAGUAAGAGAAAUGCUUAUCACUGUUGCUAAACGUAUCCAACAAGUUAGAAGCCAGUACGCUGCUGCGAUGAAGAUAGGCAAGGGGAAUAGUUGUUAUUCUCGGUACUGUAACAUGACUGGAGCUGCUGCUAAGACACCUAUUACACCUCAAAGUUUGAAUUCAACUUGUUACUCUCCUAUUUGUCUACAGAAAGCCAGACUCAAGCGUGAUCUUGUUAAUUUAUUACGACGUGCUAACGCACUUAAUAAUAAUCAAACAGCUGGUGGAUUGGUAACGCUCACAUCUUCGGGAGUCAAAAAAAUAGAAAUUGCUCCUACUAAACCAACUAAGGAGGAGAACAAGGAUGCAAUUAAACGUGAUCUUGAAUCGGCUGUCGCUUCAGCAACUCACUGUAUUGAAGAAGUUCCAGCAACAAAUGUUAAUGUUGAAAAAGACAGUCCUAAAGCUAAGCGCGUUAAAUUGGAAGAUGAUAACGUUGAUGUUGAAAGUACUGAUGUUAAAUCGGAAAAAGUUGAUAGGAUUAAAUCUGAAGCUGAUGAAAAAUCUGCCAGCAAUGCUGGAUCCAAGUUGACCAUUGUUAAUAAACGUGGUAGAACGGUACAACGUUGUUCUGUUGCUAAGGAACUCAGUGCUGAUGGUACUGUCAGAGUUUACUCGACAGUCAGUACUGAAGGCAAAGUUUACUUGAAAAAAGUUGCUGUUACCAAUGCUGAACGGAACAGAAAGAAACGUGCUCCAGUUAAGUAUCCACUCUGCUCGACUUUCUGCACCAAGGCUAAGCAGAGGAGUAUAUUGUUGUUGCCGCAACACGAGCUUAGAAAGUUAUCAAGAAAUGCUGGUAGAAUUCCAACUCAAGGAUUCCAUGCUCAAGCUAAGGCAAAUAUGUCAGUGUGGCCGUACCAGUGUCCAAGACCCUUAUUCAAAACCUGCUGGUUGUACCGUACAGUCGGUUUAAAAUCACUAGCAGCCGCGGCGCUUCAAUUGAGAAUACUCUGGGCAUGUUUGAGGUGGGACGAUAUGGUGGCUAAGCCUUUGUCAGCUGAUGGAAAACAUCAGAUAACUACUGACACUGAAAUAAUGUCACUGGAGAUCUUGAAACACCGACACGUAGGACAGUUUAUGGACCGAGUACAAUAUUUACGACGGAAAGUUGUGAUUCCUCUGGAACUUCCUAAACAAAUUCGCGAAGUUACAUCCAUACGAAGUGGAUUGAGGAAACGUAAGCGCCCAGAGUCACCACAGAGCACUGAACCACAGGUGUCCGAAGAAUGGGUUGAUGAAGACAAACUUGAUUUAUGGGAAAUAAAGCAAUACGGAGACAGGUUAGAAAAGGCUAAUGCCCAGAUUAUUACUAGGAGUCGAUCUGGCGGACCUCAGACUGGUGUGAUGAACCGUGGAUCAUUGGCGGGCUCAAGUGAAGUUAGUGGUAAAGCUACGCCUGAAGAGAUUAAAGAAAAAAUAGAACAACAAUUAAGGAUGCAAAGAGCUGCGCAUCAACAAAAACGGGCUCUUGAAACUCUUAAAAAUCCUUCGAAUUCAUCGCCGCAGCUUCUUAAAGUUACAACUAAUACCAAUCAAGAUGGUGCAAUUAAAGUAGUGUCAAAGGUGGCGAUACCAGUGAACCCGAAUACUCCUCAAGGGAAAUCACAAUUGACAUCUUUAUUAACAACUCCGAAUCAACACAAAACAAUAACUCGUCGUAUCUUCAUGACUAAAUCCGCAGACGGAACAACACGAAUGGUAUCUGGUCCUACGAGCAUUCUACCCAAGACAACAUCAUCACCGGCUGCUCUAAAUCAACAGUCACUGAUAAAAACUGGUACUCCCAGCACACCUCAACAAGGACAGCAAAAAGUUCAAAUUUUACGUGGACCUGAUGGUAAAUUGCAAGUACGUGGAUUGAUGCCAGGCCAACAGUUAGUUCAAAUGCCCGAUGGUAAACUCCAUGUACUGAAUACGACUCCUACAAUCGCUGCGUCUACCAUGACAACGCCAAACUCAACGACUACGGUUGUUGCUUCACCGCAGUCUAAUGUCAAAACAGUAACGACUAAGUUGACACCUGCAAAAGGAACCUUGGUAAAAAGUAUAGUUCAAAGUCCACAAAUACAAUCAACAACUCCAGUAACAUCGCGGAUCAAAACUGUGCCAAUGGCUGCAGUUUCUAACACGACUGGUGUUCUAACACCGCACAAGAAUACAAUUGUGAUGGCUAAUUCAGGUCAAAUUCAGCUUCAAGGGCAAGUUAUCACCACAAGUGGUCAGGUGAAUCAGAUAGUAGUUAAUAAUGCAACUUUAGCUCAACAAUUAGCGAGUGGCAAAGCGCAGCUUGCUACUGUUGGUGGUCACCAAGUUAUUAUAAGAAGCGCACCCACUGGUGGUAACCAAAUUGUUAUACCAAAUUCAGCGAGUCCAGGUAUAAUUGUCAAGACGAAUGCUAUACAAAAAACUCCGAUUGCAGCUCAAACGAUAACUUCAACAGUUGCAAGUCAAACACCAGCAGCACCUACUGGGACACCAGUAACUACCAGGGUCCAAGCUCCUAUUAAUAAUGUAACACCAGCGACACCAGCUGCUACACCAAUAGCAGCAACUACUCCGGUAGCAGCAACAACCGCGACAACAACUACCACGCCAACUUCAUCUAUUCCUGCGGGUACAGAGGCAUCAUUACUCGCUUCACAGCCGCCUGGUACUGUGAUAAAAUGCGUAACAGCUCAAGUUAUCGGGACGACUCACGGUCCUAGAAUAGUUCUCCAAGGUCUCCAGGGUGCAGAUUUUACUCCUCAGCAAUUGGCGAUGGUUCAACAGCAAGUUAAGCAGCAGUUAGUUAAAGCUCAAGAAACUACUGGUAAACAAGGUGUGCUAGGUCCUACUAAAAUUUAUCUUGCUGUUCAACCUGCGACUCAAACACCAACGACCGCACAAACAACGACUACAACUACAACAAAAACUCCAAUAGCAAUAAAAACUCCAGUUAUUCCCGCGCCUGCUUUGACUCCGGUAAAAACUCCGAUACCAGUAGCUCAUAUAAAGGUUGAGAAAAAUUUAGAUAUGCCUAAAAUAGCUCCAGCUCCAGCUACAGCUGACAAACCUAAAGUUGUUGUUCAACAAGUCAGCAGGACAAAUGUCUCUGAAGAUGAGCCUCAAAGAAUUGUUUUGGCUAAUGGACAACAACCAGCGGCAGUUAAAACACAAGUUACUGUUAAAACUGAAGAAGAUAAAGAUACUUUUACAGUAACGGAAGACUUUAUUGAACAUUCGGUGAGAACAGCUUUGAAGCAGGAGAAUUUAAAUCCAGAAAUAACUGAAAAACUUUUGAAAUUUCAACGUUAUCGCGAGCGAAGCAAAAAAGAUGCUGAAAAUUCAGUGUCGAAUAUACAGCACCAGCAUACGACACCAGUAGCACGUACACCUUCGCGAAAAAGACCUGCACCUGGUACACCGAUAACAGUAGCGGCUGGAUCAAUUACACCCUCAAUAGCACUGAGAGACUCGACGCAGACUAAUGAAAAAAUUAACGAGUGGUCUGAGACACCACGCAAGAAGAUUAUUAUUAAACAAGAGCCAAAGGAAUCUCCCAAGAUGGUGUCCAAGCAAUUACUCGAGGACAGCAGCAGUGUCAACAGCAGCAACGUCAUUGGAAGUAACAACACUGGGAAUGUCAACGAAGCAGCGGCAGCAGCUCAACGGAACCGGUCGUUAAAGUUGAAAGAUUCACAGGAAGCACGGAAGAAGCAGCAGGAAUUACAGAUUGACAUCCAGAAGGAUUUAUCAGCGGAAUUGACCACCCGGACCAAGGCUGAGCGGCAUAAACAGGACGAGGUAAAAGUUGGAAGCGCUAAACGCAAAGCCAACGCACAGGUACCAACUCAGGUCAGUCCAAGUCGCAGCGGGGGUAAAGCUAAAAAGCAUCGUGCUCCAAGUCAUCAUCACCAUACACCACCGGGUGGAUCAUCAUCGAUGCCGAAUCGUUUGAAAAAAGAAAAACUUUAUUGCUUAUGUAGAACACCUUACGAUGAAACUAAAUUCUACGUUGGGUGUGAUCUAUGUAAUAAUUGGUUCCAUGGUGAAUGCGUUGGUAUCACUGAAGAGAUGAGUAAAUCACUUUCAGAAUUUGUUUGUACUGAGUGUCGACACGCUAGAGAUACACAAGAGCUGUAUUGUCUUUGCAAGCAGCCUUAUGAUGAAUCUCAAUUCUACAUUUGUUGUGAUAAAUGUCAAGACUGGUUCCACGGUCGUUGUGUUGGAAUAUUACAGUCUGAAGCUGAUAAUAUUGAUGAAUAUGUUUGCCCUAAUUGCCAAAAAAAUUCGUCAGUUAAUUUUGCAAAUAUGAAAAACCUUGAUAAUAAAGAUUUUGAUUUAUUGAAGAAAUUAAUUAAGCAAAUGCAGGCCCAUAAAAGUGCAUGGCCGUUUAUGGAACCCGUAGAUCCAACUGAAGCGCCGGAUUAUUAUAAAAUAAUAAAAGAACCUAUGGAUCUUCAAACUAUUGAAUUCAGGAUAAACAGCAGGUCAUACAAGAAAUUAAGUGAAUUUAUCGGUGAUAUGACGAAAAUAUUUGACAAUUGUCGUUACUACAAUCAAAAAGAGUCGCAAUUCUUUAAGUGUGCCGAGUCGCUGGAAACAUUUUUCGUCCAUAAAAUAAAGAGUUUACGGGAAAAAUUUUCUGAAGGAAAAUAA